AUGAAUUACUAUUCCAUCGUUGUUCUUGUCUUCAGUACCAGAUGCUCCCCCGGUGAUGGUGGGUGUUUCGGAUGUCACACCAACAGGCAUAACCCUCAAGUGGAGUCGGGUCGGCUGCAACCACACCAACGGGGCUGUCACAGGCUACAGGUUGAGGUACAGGGAGGAGGGGAGUGGGGCGGAGAAGACCCUGCAGUGUCUGGCGAGGCUACCCUCGAAGCAGUGGUCACAGGACUGAGACCAGGGGGACUGUACAGCCUCAGGGUGGCAGCUAUGAAUAGUGCUGGUGAAGGAACUUACGCACAGUCUGUUCGUGCGGCCACUCAGACAACCACUAACUCGCUGGAGACCAGUACAUCGCCGGAGAGCAGUACAUCGCCGGAGACCACUUGGGAGUCCUGUACUGAAGCUCUGGUCAUGACGGGUUGCAUUGGGUUCAUUGUCGGGAUUGUAGCCACACUCCUUGUCGCCCUGCCAACCUUCCUCCUCUGCUGCAGGAGAAAACUAAAAAUGAGCAGUUAUGGUGGCUCCAGUGAUGGUGGCUCCAUUGAUGAUCCAGUUCAAGAGGAGGAGGAGAAGAAGACGACCAACGGGGACAUGGUGCUGAGCGAGAACUCUGCCUAUGCCAGUACUACUGUCAUCUCCCCAGCCGCCAACAGCUACCAGGACAUGGCACAUAGCUACCAGGACCUGGUCAUAUAUGAACAUGUCAAAUGAACCCUCUGCAGUCAUAGGAUUUCAAUCUUUGUCCAUUCACCCUUGUCAGUCACUUUUGUGUUUCUAUAAUAAUUAUUUUCACACGAUGAUGUUUCUCACUGUAAAAGUAGUCGACACUUCUAAUGAAAGUUGUAGUAUUGGCAAGCGAAGUGAGGCCGCCCCCCUAUACUGUCUCAAUGCGGAUAUGUGACGGGAAUGCCACUGCACAAACAGUAACAUUCCACAUUACGCAAGCAUGAACCCCUC